AUGGGAACUCUCUUGGUAGCCAACAUGGCCCCCGAAGGGCUGGACGGCUCCAACAAGAAACUCCAUCCAUUCUUCGUUCCCGGAAAGACCACCGAAACCCCUGCUGCUGAGUCGAAUACCACCGAAGAGGCCGCGACUUUGAACGAGAAGACCCCGAACAAGAGGCCUGGACGACCUCGGAAACAAACGCAAACCCCUCAAACAGCUUCGAGCGAUGUGGAACUGCGGUCCUCGGACGUGGAAGAUGACGGACGCGACCGGAAAAGGCAGAAGACGGCUGGCAGCGCGCCUAGCUCUGGAAAGAAGAGAGGUCGGCCAAGGAAGAAGCCCAAUGGCACUACAACCGACAUAGCAAAUCACUUUUCUCAGAAGGACGGCACUUCAUUGACCAAACUAGCCAACGAAGUACCGCGAACACCCCCUCCAGAACCAGAGCCAACUACGGAACAACACACCUCUUGCGCGCCACCUCCAACCUCUACCAUACCGACAUCAGGAGCCGCGUCGGAACCCAAUUCGGCAUCAGCCCCAAGUGCUGCAGCAGAACCGCAGCCGAAGCCGACGAAGGUUCUCAAGUUCAACCCGAAAACGGGCACAAUCGGAUCGCCUCCAAAGCCCAAGCCAGUUCCUGCAGAGGCUUCCAAAGGGACCAAGUCUUCAAAGUCGCCUGCCAAGCCAUCUCGCGUCGUAACUAUUAAGUACGGCCACGAUACAGACUCCCGCGCGCGCAUCGGUCCGCAGAUCCAGCAGAUCCUUGCCAGCCCCUCUGCGAAGAAAUCUAGCCCAAGGUCGAAGACCACCCCCAAGAAAUCGCGUCCCACUGCAUCCAAGCCGGAAGACAAGUCAAAGUCGAAGGGAACACAUCCCUUGUUCCUUGGAAAAUCAAAAACUGCUGCAAAGCCAAACGCGCCAGUCGCGCCAGCCCCGAAACCUCCCAGGCAGACCGUCUUCACUUCCACACCAUGCUCGCCGAAGAAGCAGCGGUCAAUUCCUAUGUCUGGAAAGGUUCCGCAGUUCGGUAUGCGAUCCAUGGGGCUCAAAGUGCCAGGCUCCUGUCAUCCCGCAUGGCCAGCUCAGGGAAUGGCCCAUGUUAGGGGUCUGACGACUGAGGAAGAACGACUUUGUAACGCUGUCCGUCACCUCGAGGUAUCAUCUCGCAAGUCGAAAGGCCAAACAACAAACAUCAUGCCUAGCGAAUCCGUCAUUAGCCAGCUCGCCAGUUCCUUGGAUACUAUGAGCAUAUCGAAGUCUAUUCUAGAGGCCACUGACGACGACUACCAACCGCCACCGCCCGAGCUUCGACUUCCUGGGAAGCAUUUCGAGAGUGGUCGCAAAUUAAGAUCGAGGAUCAAGCCUGAGCUUCGGACUUGUCUGCCAUUGGGAAAGAACACCGAGGACAGCGACGACGAAGUCCUCACCACAACCAGACGCAAACCCCAUCCGGCAAUUGCGCGGCUCUACAAUUCACUCGAAACUAAUCUCUCGGCAUAUGACAAGUCUCAGUGUGAAGAGCUGACCUGGGCGCAAAAGUACGCGCCAGUUCUCGCCGAAGAGGUUCUGCAAAGCGGCAAGGAGGGCAUCUUACUGAAGGAGUGGCUUCAAACACUCAGGAUUCAUUCCGUCCAUACUGGUGUCGCUAAUGCCGAUCAGAAGUCAUCCGGCCCCAAGUCUGGCCCUGCCCCCAAGAACAAGCGGAAGCGCAACAAAGUGGAUGACUUCAUUGUGUCGGAUGGCGACGAGGCAGAGUUCCUGCCUAGUGUAUCUGACGAGGAUGAAGACGACUGGUUCCCCAUGACCAGCCACGGCGCUCCUAAGAAGACCGUUGUUCGCAAAGACCUUGGUAAAGACAUGAGUCGACUUACCAACGCUGUCGUUCUCAGCGGACCCCAUGGCUCUGGAAAGACUGCCGCCGUCUAUGCUGUUGCGAAGGAGCUCGGCUUUGAGAUUUUUGAGAUCAACGCCAGCAGUCGCCGCACUGGUAAGGACGUCAUGGAAAAGGUGGGAGAUAUGACCCAGAACCAUCUAGUCCAACAGAAUCGCCAAGGAAAGGACGAUGACCCCAAGGAGGAUGACGAAACAACCAAGGACAUCAAGUCUGGCAAACAGGGCACCAUGAUGUCCUUUUUCAAACCUAAGACGGCAAGCAAGCCGGCAUUGAAGCCUGAGCAGAAGUCGCAGCCGAAGGCUGAAGAGCCAACCGAAGCUCCAAGGCCUGCCAAGGCAACAGGUCAAGGUCAGAAGCAGUCACUGAUCCUACUCGAGGAAGUCGACGUUCUCUAUGAAGAGGAUAAGCAGUUCUGGGCCACCAUCAUGAGUCUGAUUGCCCAGUCCAAGCGACCGUUUGUCAUGACUUGCAACGAUGAGACUUUGGUUCCCUUCCAUAACUUCAUUCUUUAUGGUAUCUUUCGCUUCACACCUCCACCCAAGGACUUAGCUGUGGACACGCUCCUUCUUAUUGCUGCCAACGAAGGCCAUGCUCUUCAACGCGCAGCAGUCAGUGCCCUGUACGAGUCAAAGGGCCACGACCUUCGAGCCUCUUUGAUGGAGCUCAACUACUGGUGCCAGCUUGGAGUAGGCGACCGUCGCGGCGGCUUUGACUGGUUCUACCCAAGAUGGCCCAAAGGAUGCGACAAAGAUGAGAAUGGCGAUGUCGUGCGCGUUGUCAGUGAAAGCACCUACUUAGAAGGUAUGGGCUGGGUCGGCCGUGAUCCUACGGUCACCUCAAGCCCACGCGCAGCAGAAGAGGAAUUGAUGACCCAGUGUUGGCGAGGCCUGGGAUUGGACUUGGGCAACUGGCACGACUCCCUUGACAUGGUAUCAUGGGCAAACAGCUUGCAAACGUCCUCUGCUGAAGACAGAGUCGCCGCAUUGGAUGCCUUCUCUGAGUUCUCUGAAGCCAUGAGCACAGCCGAUCUCUGUUCCAGUGGCGACUACGGACUCCAGUUCCAGGAACCUCUCGAUCCAACUCAGCCGGACAUUACUAACAAAAUGCGCGACGAUUUUGUCAUCGGACGGCGUCUACUCGAAGCGCCUCCGCUGACGACUUUUGUGUGCACUGCCACCGCCAUUGCAACCAGCCUCAAAUCCGCCGCCCGUCAGAUCCUACAAUCUGCUCCAAAGAGGACUGAGCCUGCGGUCAGCAUGGACUGCGUUCAAGAACGGAAGGCGAUCCAGCAGAUGCGCCGGUCCUUCGCUGAACCGAUUGGGGACAAAGCCAUCUCACGAUACGACAUGAGUCUCGCAUUUGACCCAAUUGCGAUUUCUGAGAAAGCAGCAGCUAGCAUGUCAACCAGUCUUGAGCCGUCAGUAUUCGACAGAACUAUGCGGAUGAUUACGCUUGAGGUGGCACCCUACGUCCGCAGCAUCGUCGAUUACGAUCAUCGCCUGAUGCAGGACCGUCAGCAGAGGAGCUCUUUACUCAGCGAAGGGGGCAGACCUGGUAAGCGCAUGCGCAGCACUCGAAGCGCGCUCUCGGCUCAAGAGGGCGUGACGCGCGCCAGCGCUCGCCGAGAGAGCUACUUCUCUGCCGAGCUCAAUACUCCGCUUGUGAUGCGGACCGGAGGAGAGGAUUGGCAAGCGGCCGUUGAUGCAGAGAUGCGUUUAAUGCCGCAGGCGCCCAGUGUGGCCUCAAGUGACCAUGGCGGCGAAGUCGCAGCUCCAAGCUCGAGCUCCGAGGUUCCAGUGCAGACCGGCGAGGCGCCGAUUCCGGGUGCCCAGUAG